AUGCUUUGCGCUUAUCAACACAAUUUGAUUGCCAUAUCUUUAUUUCAAUGAUGUUUAAACGUACAGUUAAAUCACGCUCUAAAAAGCGUAAAAUGUUUGUACCCUGGCUACUCGACUUGUUGUCCACGAUGGUUAUCUAUGGACUGGAAUGGAUAGACAAGGAUAAAAAACUAUUUAAAAUUCCUUGGAAACAUGCCUCUCGGAAAGAUUGGAAUCAACAAACAGAUCCGGAAUUGUACCGGCUAUGGAUAGAAAACACAGGAAAACCAAUCAUUCCUGGUUUUGAUUUUAAAAGAUGGAAGGCAAAUUUUCGAUGUGCGUUAAGAAGUCGUCCUGACAUUAAAGAAAUUAAAGAACAGAGAACUAAAGAGUAUCGGGUGUUUCAGUUUACAGGAGAUUUCAACGAUUCUUCUUCAGAUCGUGAUAGCAGCUGCUUAGGGACAACCAAAAACUGCUUUACUCUUGAUGAAAUCGACCUUACUUUCACUGCAGAACUAUUUGUCUCUAACAAUCUUCCACAAGACUACAACCUGCUAAUGGAACAACCUUUAACUGGUUUUCAACAUAGACCUGUUUUGCCAUCAGAGGACACUAAUGAUCUGGAUUUCUUAUUCAAUGAAAAUAUCCUGUUUUCUGAAAACAACCAGGGAGAGCUUUCUAAGUCAGAAGAAUUCCAUCAGUCGGAAGAAUUCCAUUUUUCCCGACUGAUCUUCUAAUUGAAAACAAGAGU